AGAGAAAAGGAGAAAGAAAAGACAAUGUUUCGUGCCAGAAAUGCUUCUGCUCUAUUCUCAAUCCAUUUCAAGACAAGAUCCUUUUGCAGCACUAUAAAAGACAGCAAGAACAAGAACAACAACAGUGACAUUGUUGAUGGCAAAAUUGAAUCAAAUUUGAGCACUUUCACCGAGUCAUAUCGUCAGCUUGACAAUCUCAACUUCAUGACUGCUGCUAAGAUCCUCUUCACUCAGCCUCCAAAGAAAAAGAAAUUUGGGAUAGAUUUCCAUUUGGUGCAGCUCUUCUUUGCCUGCAUGCCUUCAUUGGCUGUGUACUUAGUUGCUCAAUAUGCUCGCUAUGAAAUGAGGAAAAUGGAAGCGGAACUAGAGGAGAAAAAGAAGCAGGAAGAAUCGAAAAUGAAGCAGGAAGAAGCGAAAAUGAAGCAGGAAGAAGAGGAGAGAGAUAAAGAGGGCGAACAAAUUGCGAUGGAUCCAGAGCUUUCUGAGGUAAAAGUGAGACUAGGUAAACUAGAGGAGGCAGUAAGGGAAAUCGCCGUUGAAUCAAAGAAACAAUCAGCAGUCCACAUAACUAAAACUCAGCAAAAGGCUAGUGAACCGGGUGAAGAUAGAAGUAAAUCAGAGUCCAGAAGUUCUGUGAUGCAAGAUAAAGGUACUAACCAAAAAUCUAUCGAACAAAUACCAAAUGCCGAUUCAGGCAAAGCAAGAAGCGUGUCACCAGUUUCUGAUGCUACCCGGAAGGAUCAAAAGGGGGAGAACCGGAUAGGAGGACCUUCUGAGGAUGCCAAAAUAUGAUGAAGAGCAAAACCUUCAUUCUCCCUU